UCAGGUUGUGUGGACCCGGGAACCAAAAGUCCUCCAUCUGCUCCGCCGCACGAUGCGUAACAUUCGUAGGAACAUGGGAGGCUCAGAAAGGAAGCGGAGCGAUGCCGGCGGUGGAGCUCCGCAAGACGACCUCCUGUCUAGAUCUCCAACCCCACUGCGCAGCCCAUCUCCGCCGCCACCGCCCUCUCUUGCUCCGUCGCCCCGGCCCCCGUGACGUUGAAGGAGUCAACAAGACGAGCCGCCUCCCCGACGACCUCCGCUGUCGCGUCAUCGCCUUGAUGCGCUGCCCCAUCGUGACUCAGGCGCCCCCCGAAGCCCUACCUCGACAUGCUGCCCCACCGCAUCGCCGCUGUUGUGGCUUUGGCUAUCCCCCCAACGUGCCGCCCAACCCAGGAGCGGCAUCACCGCGCACCCCAGCCCCGGCUGAGCUUGUCCCAUCCCGAAUAGGCGGAGUUGGAGAGGAGUCGGCGGAGCUCGAGAUCCCCCGGGACGGGACGGUGGUGGAGCUAAACGAGAGCAACUUUGAUGCGGUGGUGCGCGCCAUGGACUGCCUCUUCGUUGAAUUCUACGCCCCCUGGUGCAGCCACUGCAAUCGCCUCACCCCGCAGUGCUGCAGACUGAGAGGGUGCACACAUGGCCUCCAGGAGGUGCAGCUACGGCACACCCGUGGGGUGGAGGCUGACUCAAAUGACAUAUGGAGUGUAGGUUAGCUGUUCGAGAAAAUGCCCAAGUAGCAGUCGAUGAUUGUUCCAACAAGCUUGCAGUUGAUACUGAUGACAAACAAUUCCAUGCUUUCAUUGCUUGCAGAGGAUGUCAAGCACUUGCAUCCAGUAAGUCAAUACCUCCUCUCCCCCCUUGCUCAGAACAUAAAUAUAAAUCCAAUUUGUGUAUUGGAUAACCUAUUUGUGCUUUAUUAGAUCCUUUCAGGUUCAGAAAUUUUAUCCUACCUUUUAUCCUACAUGCAAGGAAAUAAUGUGGUGAUUACUUUUAUAUCAAUUUUAUUUUGUUCUGCUGUUUA